GUCACCAACUUCAAUGCAUUUGCUGCAAAAUAGCUCUUGUGGGAAAACAAACGAAUAAAACACUUCCUUUGACCAUUGUAUUGCAAAACUCUGAUUAUGCGCCAUUCAAACGCGUGUGUCAGUCAAAGAGAGACGCUUGAUAAAGCUUUAUUUUGAUUCAUGUGAACACGUUUACUCAUGUUACAGGUUAAAGUUAAAUGAUAAAUGUCCAACAAACGCGUUUGAUAAAGCGAAUGUCUUUUCUUCAGAGACAUCUGACGCUAGAUCAGUAAGUUAGAUGAGGAAGUCGCGGUCGGACAGGAUAUGAGACUCAAAAGCUCAUGAAAAACUGUCCAUACCAGAGAUUAUACUAAAGCGCCGAAGACUGUUUUGGACUGAUUGAGUGAAACCUUUUCAAGUAAGUUAAUAAAGACCAUCCCAUAAGACGUAUCGCCAUGACAACCCCAGAGCCAAUCAGAUUACGUGUCUUCUCUCUCAACUGCUGGGGGGUCCGAUACCUCAGUAAGAACUGCAGGGACCGGUUUGUUCUGAUCGGAGAUCUGCUGAAUCAGGAACAGCUGGAUAUAGCGUUACUGCAGGAGGUCUGGUGUGAGGAAGACUUUCUGUUUUUAAAGAAGAAGCUCGGCAGCGUCUAUCCGUUUUCCCAUUAUUUUAAAAGUGGAUUUAUAGGAAGUGGACUGGCCGUGUUUUCCAGACAUCGAAUCCAUGACGCUUUUCUGUACAGAUACUCAUUAAACGGAUACCCGUACAUGGCUCAGCAUGGCGACUGGUUCGGUGGCAAGGCUGUCGGGAAGGUCCUGCUUAACAUCAGUGGGCUGAAUGUUCAUGUCUUUGUAACUCAUCUGCAUGCAGAAUAUUGCAGAGAGAAAGAUUCAUAUCUCCCGCACCGAGUGGUUCAAGCCUGGGAGCUGCAACAGUUCAUAAGGCACACGAGUGCUGGAGCGGACGUGGUGAUCCUGGCUGGAGAUCUGAACAUGCACCCGGGCGACCUCGGCACCAGACUGCUGAGGAACUACACCGGACUGCUGGAUAGCUUCAGUGAGGCCGCCCACUUUGACGGAUGUGAGGAAGGAUUCACCCAUAUAUCUGAAAACCCUUUCACACACACGGAUGGUCUCGUUCCUUUUGGGGGAGGAGUCCGGAUAGACUACGUCCUGUUCAAGGGAUCAGAGGAAGUAGAUGUGCGCUGUGAGUCUUUGUCCACCACUAAGGGUCCAGUUCCUGGACAGCCCUUUCCUUAUUCAGACCACGAAGCUCUCACUGCCGAGUUCCUGUUUACACCAACUAAAAAGGGAAAUGGAUGCAAAGAGAGAGAAUUUGGCUGUAUUCCAGAUAAGCUUCCUGAGCUGGUCAACACAGUCAAUGAAGCUCGUACUGAAGUAAAGGUGGGUCUGCACUGCUCUGAGCGCAUGCGCCACACCGCGGCUCGCACAGGCAUCAUGGGUCUCGUCCUGCUAGUACUUGAGUUAGCCAUCGCCGCUGUGCCGUUGUUUGCUCUGGGAGCUGAACAGCCCUUCCCUAAAGCCUCUUUCUACCUGCUGGGGGCGCUGUGCUUUGCCGUCCUCCUCUCUACACUGAUGCUGUACAUCUUCUACAGCAUGGAGGUCAAGGCACUGGAAGGCACUGAGGACCAGAUGAGACUGGCACUAAGUAGCCUUCAGGAACGGAUUAAGGAGUACCCCAAGGCUUUAUCAUCGGACCAUUUGCGAAAUUCACUCGACGGCAAGGAUUCGGUGCGUUUGUAGCAAAAAAGCUGAACUAAAUGUGGUGAUCUGAAGGAAUACUGAACUAAAACUUUAUGAGAAGGACAAUGGGUCACUAUUUUUGAUGUCUUAACUGAACUCAACACAAACUAUGCGUUUUUUUCAGGGGUUUUUUUACAAUACAUUGAGGAUAAAUCUUCUGGAAACCAGAAAAUUAGACAAAAUCAUUAAUUCCAUGACAUAUCUAUUUCACUUCAUUUGUUCAGUCCAGGGGGCCUGAGGCUGCAGGAUGACUUAAAAUGUUAUAUAUUCAUAUAAUAAUCACUUAAUAUAGUUAAUAUAAUGGGGAAGCCGUUUUUAGUAAUAAAAGAAAUAUUAUUAAUAAUAAAUUUAGUGUAGAUUUAUACGAUUACUUUCAACUAUAUAACAAUUAAAAUGCUUAAAAAAGAAACAUUAAAUCAAACUUAAUUGCAUUUUUUUUGUCAAUAACUAAUCAAGUAUUUUUUAUCGAAAAACAUAUGAAGAGUUCAGAUGCAAAAGCCUCUAAAUGCCAUUUGAAAUUUUCUUCUAGAAUGAUGAUUUUUAUCAAGCUUGUAUAUUUAAGUUCAGUGAUUUCACUUAAAUGACAAUGAUAAUUACCUAUUAAUUGUUAUUUAAGUGAAAUUACUGAACUUAAAUAUACAAGUUUGUCAAAAAUCAUCAUUAAAGAAGAAAAUUUCAAAUGGCAUUUAGAGGCUUUUGCAGCUGAACUCUUCAUAUAGUUCUUGAAACUUCUGAAAUCAUAUGUAUGCAUGUAUUUAUGGAUACAUAUAGAUUUGAAACCACUGCUUUAGAAUAAUUUACCACUAAUUAAAUAUUCCUUUGUUGACUUUUUUUAAAUGGAGACCUGCUGAGCAGGCGUUCCUCUCCUUUGUAUGUUAAAUGUUUCCAAUCAUCCACUUUUGAAGUGUGCUUUUAUUGUGAAUGUGAACAGUUAUGUUCAUGAUACGGCCAUUUCGCGAUACCAGAAACAACCAAGUGGAGAAAGAUAAAUCAUAGCCUAUCAUUUAAAUUGUUUUGUCAAUCCAUAAAGUUAUUUUCCUUUUGUUUAACCUGGCAACAACCUCAUUUAUCUCUAAUAUAACUGUUCUGUUACACAAGUCUACCUUUUAAAUAAAAAAGAAAAUUCAGCAA